AUGUCUACGUAUGAAGUGCGUCGGCAAAAACCGGGCCUUCGCUCAUUAUUGCAGCCAGCUGUGCCGGCCGUUGGAACGAGGGGAGAGACCGGCAGGCAAGACGCCGCACGCAUGGAGGCCGUAUCUCCGUCCUCAUCUCCUCAACGGCCGUGUUGUCCAUCCGUCUUGUGCAAUCCGCUGAACAAGCAGCGUCUUCCGUUGACGGUUUUUCAUUCCCUUGUGCUAUCUCGUCACUCGAUCUGCGUUUUCGCAAAAAUGAACACCGCCAAAACAACCCUCCUCGGCGUCAGUCGCUGCUCUGCGCCUCUGCCUUGGUAUCCGCAUCGGCCCAGAGUUCUAACUCCGACGUAA